GCGGAGGCGGGCCCCGCCGGCGUCCGCUGCCACCAUCCCAUCCCGCUCGAGUCCCCGGCCGUCGUCACCACCUACCUGGCGACGCGCCGGCGAUCCGUUCGCCCCCCGGGGCUACCCACCCUCCCGGUAUUAUCCUCAUACACUUUCUCCCCGGCCGCGGCGGUCGCUGUCUCCCGCAUUAACCCGGCUUCACCCCCUUCCUUCUCCGUCGCCAUCGCCUCCCGUCUUCCGCCUAUCCCCUCUAUCCUCUUCCUCCCCAAGUCUCCAGUCCAAUAAUGGCGGCCCCUGUCUCCUGUACGACCGGGUAGUUCGUUAGUACUGUACCGGUUAGUGACUACCUGGACGCCGGAGCAGCCGCGUAUCAGCGCUAGGCUGCGGUGCUCCCGCGCAGGAAGUCAGCCGAUUAAACCGCCAUCGGCGACACAGGCGCGGCGGCCAUGGAGGCGAUCCAGCCAGCGAGCCAUCCGAUCACCAAGGUGUUUAGUGAAAGAAUGACCUCUCUGCCCAACAGACCAACCGUUCCAGACGGCUGGUCUGUAACAUCCGAAGAUUCACUGACGCCGAGGUUGUCCUUCAAGUCCAACUCCAGCACUGAGAGCUACUUUGAAGGGUCUGGAAGAUCGCUGUCGCGAUCAAACCGACACAUUUGCGCCCCAAAUGCGGAGACCAACUACUUGGAGUACUUAGAUAUGAUGAAACUGGAAGUAGAUACACAUCUGGAUAAGCUCAAGGGGGAUGUAACAGGUCUGGAGAACUACACUUUACCGGAUAAUGGCUACAUAGUCGGCACGCACCUGGGCAUGUCCCUUGAUGUGAUGCUGAUCGAGAUAGAUGAAAGGUUCAACGCACUGAAGCUGCUGCUGGCCGUCGUGUUCCGGCAAGCUAGGGACAUGCCUGGCCUGUCCAACCCUUCGGUUACUGAUCUUCAGUGGGAACAUGAGUUGCAACUGGAAAUCAUCGGCAUUACAGUCGCAGAAUGCAUUGCUGGAUUGCAGGAGGAGCUGGAGAGGGAGUUGUAUGAGCAAAUUUCUGUCACAAACAUUAUGAGCAAGAAUUGGCAGGAAGCAGUAUCUCAGUUUGCCGCGAUGCGUGAGGACCUGGGUGCUCUUUCUAAGCUGUUGUUGCCUUCAGUACCAGAAUCACACAUUUCUCACACUAAGCAAGAAAGUUCAGGUAGCAAGAGCAAUAAGUGGAAGUAUUUAUUUGGAAAGAAAACAAAGGAGGAUCAUGCCUCACCCCGCACCGAGGAAAGCAAGAGUUUCAGGAAACAGAAAUCCAUGGUUAUCUCGGAAAAAUCUGACUUCCGCCAUUUGAAUGCUAUGACCAGGGAAGAAACGAUAAGCUACUUUAAGUCUGAAAUAAGCAAAUUGAAGAGGGCUCAUGAACUGGCCCUGCAAGAAAAGACAGAGGAGCUCUUCAAAUUGAAACGAGAGAAGGGGUCUCUUGCUCUUCAGAAUGAUGUGGAGUUUGAACCUUUAAGAAAGAAAAUUCCACAGAUCAUUGCUAGAAUGGACCAAAUCAUGUCCAAGAAUAUAAAGGCACCCACACUUCACACGACUCACGAUGAACUCGAUGAGAGGUGCAGACUGGCAAGCAAAAUUGAUUCCUUAUACUAUGAUAAUCAGCAUCUUAGAGGUUUGCUUGCAGAUAAUAUGAAGGAUGUUAAGGAGUUAUCAUCUCAGCUCUCUGAAGCCAGCAAAGACAUAUCUCUUCAGUUAUCUUCAGAACAAGAGCUCUUGAGGCAAAUUGAGAAAAGCAGAGAAGAGCAGGAGGACCUCCGAAUCGAAGGUGAUGUGAGGGAUGGGCUAUACCGUACUGUUACAAGAAGUUUACUUGAUGAUUCUAUGGAUGACAUGCAUGAAGCUGCACUGAGCUUUGAUGCAAAACUGUCUUCACUUGAAGCUGUGAUCUCUGAGAAGGAGAAGGCCCUGUGUCUGUCGAAUGAAGAAAAGCGGAAGUUGAAGGAGAAGCUAGCAGCGCUACAGAAAGAGCGUUUCUUCCGAGAGCACCAGGAAGAUCCUGAAGUCAUCAAGCAAGCGAGUGCUGAAAUGAUUCUGCGUGACAUCGAGGUGGAGCCUAACAACACAUCACCAGGAAGAUCACAUGAGGCUCCCAAGCAAGAUGUGCAGUAUGAUGAACUUCUCAAACUGAACGGUUCAGUUAUGGAUUACGAUGGUGCUCUCAUUAAGAAUGGGCAAGAAAAGCAAUUGGAGUGCAUUUUGGUAUCUAUCAUGAAGUUGUCAAAGGAGUUUGUGGAGAUUGAGCAAAAAUUGUCAACGGAAAAAACUGAAAACAGAUCAGAGGAUUUGACUGAUCAUUGCAGUCACAUGGUCAAACAAGCCGUAGUUCUAACAAAAGUAGGCCUCUGGUACAAACAAAUGCUUGAAACAAGGCGCUCUGAGCUCCAAAAGGCUGAAGCCAAGGUUGUCAUUUUGGGCGACAAAGUUAAUACGCAUUUGAGCCUUCUCGAAAAGAUAUAUGUAACUCUUGAUCACUACUCUCCUACAUUGCAAAAAUACCCAGGGUUGCUGGAUGCUUUCUUGAAGACAUGCAAGCUUGUCGCAGGUUUGAGAAGUCGACAUGAUGAAGACGAAACAACAUAGAUGAGUGCAACUAGGAAUUUGGACUUGCUUGAGCCUGGCUUAGGACCCCGAAGAAGAUAAGAUGCUAGGUAGAUGCAGCUGAUGCAUGGGCUCAUGUUCUUAAUCAUGUGACUCUCCAGAUGUAGAUGAGAUGUACUAGUAUAUCAGCAGCACUGCCUGAGACUUGAUUUUCCAUAUGCCUGUAUAUUAUUCUGAGCGAUUGAACCGGCGAUUGACUUCUGAUCUGCAGUUGUAUAUAGUAUAUAUAGGUCCAGAUAAGCACCUUGAUGUGGAUCAUGGGUGGUUACAGGUUGGGAAUGUAGUGCUGUUUAUUGUGCACAUGGUGCUCAUAAUCAUUUAGAAUUAUUGGCCCCGUUGGGUAAUGGUUAGGUCGGAUUAUGUGAAA